CAAGAAGGUCGUAUUUUCGCGUGGAGAAGGGAAGUCGGCCAUUUUGGGCGAAAACAAUAUUAAGAAAUUCGGUUACGAAUAGUUUUGGCAUGGAUCUCGACUUUCUGUGGAAAUUUAGACAUUUUACUGGAUCAGAAUAACUCUUGGAAUAUAAAUCUAAUGAAUUUAAUGGAGAAAAACCCAAAUUCUUUUCAUAAUAUUACAUUUUCAGCACCGGAAAAUUGCCCAAUUCCAGGGCAGUUUCUAUUUUCGGUACGAAACAGUCGAAAACCAAGCACGUUACCGUGUAGAAAAGUGACAGUUCUGUAAAUUUCGCAUAACAGAAUUGACAGUUGUCCAUCUUUCUGUUUAAUUGUGAGAUUUCAUCGACCAUUGCGACAUAGUUGCUGGAAUUUUUUGGCUUUUGUGUGCAAAUGGUGUAACGAGGGAUUUCGUCGGUCAUCGAGUGAAAAAAAAGACUGAUUAGAAAUUCAAAAUGUCGACUCCAUCAACAAGAGCCCAACUUCAGACAGUUCACGAAUCAGUUAUGUCUGAACAUAGAAAAGAUGAGAAAUCAAAUUCAAGGGUCUCAUCCUCAAAAUCUAGAACUGAUGAACCUCAUAUCGGGAAAUACAGACUUAUAAAGACUAUAGGGAAAGGAAAUUUUGCAAAAGUUAAGCUUGCCAAGCAUGUCCCAACAGGAAGAGAGGUUGCCAUAAAAAUCAUAGACAAAACACAGCUCAACCCAUCAAGUCUCCAAAAGUUAUUUCGGGAAGUUAGAAUAAUGAAAAUGUUAGACCAUCCAAAUAUAGUGAAACUCUUUGAAGUCAUAGAAACAGAAAAGACAUUAUAUUUAGUUAUGGAAUAUGCAAGUGGGGGGGAAGUAUUUGAUUACCUAGUGGCACAUGGUAGAAUGAAAGAAAAAGAAGCUAGGGCAAAAUUUAGACAGAUUAUCUCUUCUGUACAGUAUUGUCAUCAAAAGAAUAUAGUCCAUAGAGAUUUAAAAGCUGAAAAUCUGUUAUUAGAUGCGGAUAUGAACAUUAAGAUAGCAGAUUUUGGCUUCAGUAAUGAAUUUGUACCUGGGAACAAAUUAGACACAUUUUGUGGUAGUCCCCCUUAUGCAGCUCCAGAACUUUUUCAGGGCAAAAAAUAUGAUGGUCCCGAGGUAGAUGUAUGGAGUUUAGGGGUUAUCUUAUAUACACUAGUCAGUGGGUCAUUACCUUUUGAUGGGCAAAAUUUAAAGGAAUUGAGGGAAAGAGUAUUACGGGGAAAAUACAGAAUACCUUUUUAUAUGUCAACAGACUGUGAAAAUUUAUUAAAAAGAUUUUUAGUGUUAAAUCCUACUAAACGAGCAAGUUUAGAGACUAUUAUGAAGGAUAGAUGGAUCAAUAUGGGCUUGGAGGAGAAUGAAUUAAAGCCGUACAAAGAGCCGCCCAAAGAUAUUUGCGAUACGAAACGGAUAGAAAUUAUGGUGAACAUGGGCUACAGUCGGGCCAGUAUUGAAGAAUCAGUAGUACAACAAAAGUUUGAUGAUGUACAAGCUACAUACCUUUUGCUGGGCAGAAGGACAACAGACUUAGAAGGUAGUGAUAGAUCAGGUAGCAGUCAGUCAUUGCGUCAUCUCCAAUCAUCAACGACAUCCAAUCGACCUCAAAGUGAGAACCAGGCCAACAACCAGUCUCCAAACAAAGUGACGAGGAGCCAGUCGGCGACAAGUAGUGGAACACGAGGUCAGAGACGCCACAGUCAUGGUGGAGAUAAUAAUGCGCAUGGUAGUAUGAAACGAGGUCCAGGAAGUGCUUCACAAUCCAGUUCCCAUGCGCCACGUCGACAAAAUACUAUAGACACAACUAGUUCAACUAAGGAGAACGUUAUCUCAGGAAGGAAAACUCCGUCAGGAAGCACGAUGGAGUCGCCAAAGAUCAAUUCAGCGAGUCCAGCUCGGGCAACGAUCCCGAAGAAACCUGGCACAUCUUCUACAGGGAAAAACAGUGUGAUUCAUACAAGUAUUCCACGACGGAGUGGAACUUUCAGCCCUGGUGAUACACGUGUUCAAACCCCAAGUGAGAAACCACCGUCAAGAGCAACAAAUGGUCAAGAUAUACGACAAAUGACAAACUCCACCAAUGCAUCAGAUAUAACGCCUGUAAACAGGGAUGCUACACGGCCUAAAGGUCAUGUCAAAUCUGCAAGCACUUCCCAUCCCAGAAACAUGGAGUUACCCCCUCUUGACAGUGAUUUUAGACCCACCACUGCCCCAGAAAGAAAACCCAUUGUGCCUAUAUCACCCGCUACUCCCAAGCAAAACACGUCGAUACUGUACCGCGGUACUGCCAGCCGUAGCACAUUCCACGGAGGUCCGAUCCGAGACCGACGACAGACCAACAACUACGGCCCUGGAGGCGUUCCAAUGCACUCACAAGACACGUCGGCCAUGGGCACUACUGGACGCUUCUCUAUAUUCAACAAACUCACAUCAAAGUUUAGUCGCAGAGAUGGUGGUCAGGAGGUAUUGACAAGAAGCAAAUUGUUCCGCAGGUCUAUCAAUGAAGGGCAACGGGACAGUGGGGGCGUGGGAAGUCACAGUAUCAGCACAGGCGGGACUCCUUCAAGUGGCAUAGGUGAGGCCGUGAAGCCUAGGUCGCUACGAUUUACCUGGAGCAUGAAAACAACAAGCUCAAUGGAUCCUAACGAUAUGAUGAAGGAGAUACGCAAAGUUUUGGAUGCAAAUAACUGUGAUUAUGAACAGAGAGAAAAAUUCCUCUUACUCUGUGUACAUGGGGACCCUAAUACUGACAGUCUAGUGCAAUGGGAGAUGGAAGUUUGUAAAUUACCAAGACUUUCUCUCAAUGGUGUGCGCUUCAAACGCAUAUCAGGCACAUCUAUAGGCUUUAAGAACAUUGCUUCAAAAAUUGCCAAUGAGUUGAAACUUUGAUAAAAGGACACAGUUCAUAUUAAUAUUAUUUUUCUGUUAAUGGUAUUUCAUCAUGAGAUUUAAUUUGAACAUGGGCAAUUGUGGUAUUAGGAAUGGUACUGGUAAUUUUCAUUAUGGGAAUUAUCUUAUGACUAGUACCGGGUAUAAGACGUGAGUGUCUUGCGGUGUCAUUGUUUCAUAAAAAAAGAUGUGCAUGCCAUAUGUAGGUCUAUGAAAGUAGACCUCGUGGUUAUGUGCUUGUGUUCGACAUUGCCUCUGUUUCAUAACUGGAGACAGGCAUGUUUCUUUCGUGCGUGUGUAGAUAAAAACACCAUUUGUGACAUUGUGUCCAACUCCACUGCAACUCUCAGAUGUGUCCAGUGACUCUGUUUUUGUGUACUUACUGAUUUUUCUUUUGUUAAAUAUGGCUCGCACUGUGGAGGUUACUGCACUAGGAUUUUGUAAUUUUACGAUGUUCUAGAACUGCUACGAAUAUUUGUGCUAUGAUAUAUAAGGUGGUGUCUGAAAGUACCUUGUUAUACAUAAAUAUGUGCCAAUUUAUUAUAACUACAUAUAUUUCUUCAACAUUUUGUGAUAAUAAGAAUAUUGACAUGGCAACAGUUAUUACGGAGAUUGGCGCUUGCGGUCACGUCGGCGGCGAGACGUAUGUCAAACUCCUGACAGGGUACUUACAUUAAGAGAAAAAAAGGCUUGAAGAUCUUGUCAUAAGGAAGGGUCGGCAAGCCAUGUGAUCUGCCUCAGUUGACCUUACACCAUAUGUGAUCCUAUAUAUCGAGCCCUCUACCAUUAUAUAUAUAUAUGUAUAUCAUUCAUUAGGAAUUUUAAUUAUUUUGUACAAAGUGUAAAUACGGUGUAAAAUAAUAUAAUAUACUUAGUAUAAGUACUAUUUGUAACAAGUAAACUGUGAAAAGUUAAAAAGUAUACUAAAAAUCAUGUACAGAGAUUAACUUAAUUGUAAAUUUUAGCUACUCUUCUGUUGUUAUUUUAAUUCUAAUGAAAUAGAUUGAUUAGCAUGCAUGAUUUGCAUGUUAAUAAGCAGUAACUAUUUUUAUCAGAAUAGCAGUGAGUGGGUGCUCAACUUACAGAAAUUACUGUUCUUUCUAUGCAGACAAAAUGGUAAGCUUUUACUGAUAAGCUGGGGAUUGAUAAUGCUGAAAAAUGCUCUGUUGUCAUGGCAACAUAAGACUCCAGUUACUACAGUUAUUGUGUUUUCUUUUAACAUUCCAAAUGAAGUUUUAAGUUAUCCAUGAAUUUUACCAAAUUUCAGUUGGCAUGUUAAUUAAAUAUCAUAACCAUGGUAACUGGAGUU